UUACAUUCUGUCAAUGAUGUUAUAAUGUAGCUUAGAGGACCGUGGAUACAAGAAGAAGGAAGAAUGAAACCAGAUAAACACAGAGUAACACAUUCCAAUGAGAGGGAAUUUGGUGGGACUCUAGGUGCAACUUGCAUCCCUGUCUUCCUACCUCUGACUGUUCUCUACCUCGUGAGUGUAUGUCGCUCUUUGGAGGCCAGCGUUCUACAGUGGCCCCCUCCUUUGCCACCGGCUGCCCAGCUUUGGGACCCUCUGGCUGCGGCGCUGGUCCUUGGCUGGAUUGCCUUACAGGGCUUUCUUUAUUUGCUUCCUGUGGGAAAGGUCUCAGAGGGAUUGGUACUCAGAGAUGGAUCCAGGCUCAAGUACCCUAUCAAUGGUUUCCAUGCCUUGUGUAUCACGGCCGUCCUGCUGAUGCUAUGCCUGUGGUUGGGUAUGCCUUUAGGAUACCUCUUUGAGCUUCUCCUGCCGUUGGCAGUGUGUGCGAUUGCAGUAUCGUACCUGCUUUCUUUUUACCUGUACAUCCGCUCCUUCUGGGCACCACACCACGCCUUGGCACUUGGGGGUAACACAGGAAAUCCCUUGUAUGAUUUCUUCAUGGGACGAGAGCUUAACCCUCGUAUUGGAGACUUUGAUCUUAAAUACUUUUGUGAGCUAAGACCAGGACUGAUGGGUUGGGUGGUGUUAAACCUGGCAAUGCUCAUGAAGGAGGUAGAGCUCAGAGGAUCUCCAUCUCUCGCCAUGCUGUUGGUUAAUGCCUUUCAGCUCUUGUAUGUGACUGAUGCUCUGUGGAAUGAGGAAGCAGUUCUGACUACCAUGGACAUUGUACACGAUGGGUUUGGGUUUAUGCUGGCGUUUGGUGACCUGGCCUGGGUUCCAUUCACAUACGGUCUCCAGGCUGUUUUCCUGGUUGUGCAUCCACAGUCACUGAGCAUGCUGGGAGCAGCUGGAAUAAUAUUACUCAAUGGGAUUGGUUACUAUAUCUUCAGGAAGUCCAACUCCCAGAAGAACCAGUUUAGAAGGGAUCCGACACACAAGAGUGUAGCAAACUUGGAAACUAUUGCCACGGCAACCGGAAAACGGCUGUUAGUGUCAGGUUGGUGGGGAUUCGUCCGCCAUCCAAACUACCUUGGGGAUAUUCUCAUGGCCCUGGCAUGGUCUCUGCCCUGUGGUUUCACACACAUCCUGCCCUACUUCUAUGUCAUAUAUUUCUCUGUUCUUCUGGUUCAUCGAGAGGACCGAGAUGAGAGGCAGUGCAGGGCUAAGUACGGCUUGGCCUGGGACACUUACUGCAGACGGGUACCAUACAGGAUCAUACCAUACGUGUACUAAUGUGGACUGAAGAGAUCUGCCACGCCCACAGCAUCCCCUCGUGAUGAUUGGUCCUAUAGCAGUAGGCUCCGAAGACACCGUUUUUGAACUGCUUCUACUGUACUUAAAACAACAGGCUCUUUCUAAGAGGGUCAUGGCUUUGGUGGCAUAGUGUGUUAAAUGUUUGAAAUGACAUACUGCAUUCAUUCUAAACACAUGGAAAGUGAAGUACACUCAGUAAGAUCUUGUUAAGAAUUCUGUCACAAGCAACAUCAUUGCUUACACUGAAAAGGAGAGGAGAGGUACCCCCC